AUGUCACUAUCGAUUGACGCCAUAAACGAUGUACCAGAUACCCAACGAAUCACCCGAGGCGGACGCCGAAAGCGCAACGAAUACGCCCUGGUCGCAUGUAUGCUAUGCAAGUCUCGAAAAGUUAAAUGUGACGGUCAAUGGCCUUGCCAGCGCUGUACCAAGCGUGGCGUGGAGUGUUCCUACCCUCGUCGUGGCAACAUACCUAGCAUGAGCCCAAUGCCUACAGAAAUGAGCUUAGAGGCGGAGUACUCUCCAUCAACUGAAAAUGACGCGACGCCUCAGAUAUUUGCGACUUCCGGCGGCGUUACCUCGGGUGAAGCAUCUCGUCUACCUGCGCAAACCGGCAAUAAUCUGGGCGCCUCGCUACAAAGCCCUGCAGCUACCGACAGAUCCCCUACGGCUCGCCGCUCAAGUUUUGUUAAUACUUUUAGCUUGGCAAGAUCAUGCCUUGAAGCUAAAGGUAUAGUGGACCAAGCCGAGAAGGACGUCCAAGGUUCAACGAACAAACCAUGUCUGACUUUGGAGCAAUCUCUUGCUUCCGCGAACGACGACUGCCUGGAAUCUGUUCUAGACCUCGGUUACGAAAGAGCUAGAAAUCUUUUCAUCACCUUUGCGGAGACCAUUCAUCCGAUAUACCCGUGUGUUGACCUCCAAUCGACAGAACAGGUCUUGGGUGCAGUCUUUGGGCGUUCAGCGGGUCAUACAUUACAGCCUGCUUCGAUCACCCUGACCAAGAUAGAUGUUCUCAAAGCUCUCUUUGGGCUCACUCUCCUCAUCGAGGAUGAUAACACAAGUCCUCUGGCACGGCACCUUCAACGCUACGUCGAUUGGUCAGUGGAGAAGGUCGUUACGGGCGGAGGCCCUGAUGUCGACGACGUUACCAUGGCUACCUUGAUGAGUUUAUAUUUCUUCCACAAGUCUGAGCAUAUGAAGGCGUGGCGGCUCAUUAGUCUGGCGUCAAGAACAUGUUUUGAGCUUGGCUUUCAUCAAGCACCGGACGUGGUUCAGAAUCUAACGCAAGCCGCUGGUGCGUUCUCCACACGAGAGCUUUUUUGCUGUGUAUACGUACUAGACCGAACAUUUUCCUUCGCAACGGAUCUUCCUCAUACCACGAAGGACCAAGACAUAGACGAAAGGUGCUUUGAUCUUGGAACAUCAGCUCCGUUCUUAGUCGUAACCAUGGAAUACACGCGUCUCAACUCGGAGAUAAUUGGACUGCUGAGGCCUUCAGCCAAGAGCGUUGCAGAAGGUCGACAGCAUAAAGAGUAUCUCGACUACAAAGUCCAACGGCUACGCGACCAAUUCCAAGACCUCACGACAGCGGCCCGCUCCACAGCGUUACCUAGCAGACCUUGGGAUCCCCUACAGAAUGAAUUACUUAUGAAUGACCUGGAAACCUUUCUAGAAGUACGAAUCUGUCACGCUCGAAUACUACUACGCAAACCCCUCCUUCACUCAUAUAAAGGUGACCGAGAAAAGACAGCAGCCGCAGCAGUCUGUAUCCAGUGCGCAAAGGCUACCAUAUUUCUGUGCUCUGGUGUGAUCAACAAGGCAGUCCCGCUGAAGUGUCUUCGAAGUUCAUACGAAUAUUUCACCGUGUCAUCACUCGCUAUAAUCCUGCUCGUCGUUUCUCAGGACCCAGAGACCUAUGGACACGAGAGCAGAGACGCAUUCCAAGAAGCGAUCAGGAUACUUCAGGUAUCGAAAUGUCGCACCUUUGCAUCGAACAAUUUGUGCUUUAGUUUUGAACAACUUAUCAGGAUCGGGGAGCGCCUUCACAUGCCUAAAGAUAUCAACACGCCAACAUUACAAGACUUUGGAGAUAUAGAUAUGGGGCAGCUUUUGGUGGAUCCUCAAGGUGUUGGAUCAAUCGAUCUUCAGACUCUGGAUGAUAGUAUAUUUGGACUAUUUGGGAUGAACAAAAACUGGCCGGCCAAUAAUAGCUACAUCUGA